AUGAUGAUUAAAUUAUUAUUAAUAAUUCUAACCAUUGCACAAAUUAAUGGGUAUAAGAAACAUAAAGAUCCAACUACAGAAAAUACUCGACCAAUUAUUGGAAUUUUAACUCAACCAACUCCAACAUUAUGGAUGAAACCAAAUCGCACUACUUAUAUAGCAGCUUCUUACGUAAAAUAUAUCGAAGCAACUGGUGCUCAAGUUGUACCUAUAAGAAUGUAUCAAUCAAUAGAUUAUUAUUUUCAUUUGUUUAAUUCGCUAAAUGGAGUACUCUUUCCUGGCGGAGAUUUGACUGAUGAAUAUUAUUCUGUUGCUAAACUUUUUUAUAUGUGGUCAUUAAAAGAUUUUGAUGAAAUACAAAAAAGUUUUCCUUUAUGGGGAACGUGUCUCGGUUUUGAAGUAUUACUUAUGUUAACAAGAAGUUCAACUGUGUCACAUCGUAAUGAUCGCUUUGUUGCUGGAGCAUUACAUGGGUUUGGUGAAUAUGCACGCUUAGCUGGUCAACAAGCAUCGGAUGGUAUCACAGAGCUUGAUUAUGCUAUUGAAUGUGGACAAAAAUCCACAACAGAAUCGACUGCUUUUCAAAUUGUGCCGUUCAUUCAUUUGGAUAAACCUGGCCUUCGAGAAUAUCUGAAACAACAGCACAGAAAAUUGGCACGACAAUUGCGAGUGAUUAUGAGUUCUCCACAACUUCAGAGUCUACCUGCAUUGCUCCAAAAGCACAGCAAACAGCAGCCAAUGAUGCAAUUUUAG